AUGGCGAAUCUCGUGAAAUACCCAGAAAUCCAAAACCGAUUGCACGAAGAAAUCAAGAGCGUAACCGGCGGAACAGAGGGAGAAAUCAAAGAAGAAGAUCUACAGAAGAUGCCAUACCUGAAAGCUGUGGUCUUAGAGGGUCUCAGGAGACAUCCGCCGGCACAUCUCUUGCUUCCACACAGCGUGACAGACGACACCGAUUUGGGCGGCUACUCGGUUCCGAAGAACGGUACGAUCAAUUUCAUGGUUGCAGAUAUGGGCUGGGACCCGGAAGUUUGGGAGGAUCCGAUGGCGUUCAAGCCGGAGAGGUUCGUCAAUGGCGAAGAUUCCGUCGACAUCACCGGAAGCCGAGGGAUAAAGAUGAUGCCUUUCGGGGCGGGACGGCGGAUCUGCCCAGGAUUGAACCUGGCAUUGCUCCAUCUCGAGUAUUUCGUGGCGAAUCUCUUUGCGGAGUUCGAGUGGAAGGCGGCGGAAAAUGAUGAUGUGGACUUGUCGGAGAGGCGGGAGUUCACGGUAGGGAUGAAGAAGCCAUUGAAGGCGCAUGCUGUGCCAAGAAGGAGGUGA